AUGUAAUUUAUUAAAAAGAGAAAAGAAUUUGGGUAAGUUUGUUAAAUAAAAAUUUAGUUUGACAUUCAAAUUUAGUGAUUAAGAGACUUCAGAAAGAACAGGUGAGAUCAAAGCCUUAGAUAAGGAUCCUCUUUAACUUCUUAAAAAUAAGGUUAUUGAAAUGGGCAUUUAAGGAUGCAAUCCAUUUUAAGACGCAAGUUCUUAGACAGUCUGGAAUAGAAAAAUUAAUAAGGCUUUACAAGUUGAUGAAGGAGACGAGAGAUAACAAUAAUUAUCAGAUGAAGAUUUUUAAUUGCGUAAAUUUUUAGUAACAGUUUAUCCAAUUAUGGAAGAAGCAAUAUAAUCAAAUGAAACUAUUGAUAUAUAUUAAGAUGAUUUCAAUGUGUUAUCACUAUCAGAAUAAAAUGGAGGUAUUAUAGUCAAAUAUUUUAUUAUAGAUUAAAAUACUGAAAUUACUAAUGUAAUUAUAGAAAUGAAAAGUUUCAGUUACUUAAAUUGUAAAGCUAAAAAGAUAUAAUGCAUUCAAUUCUAACCAACUAGUUAAGCUAUUAAAUCUAAAUAUAUUGUUGCAGAAUCUUUUGUAGAAAAUCUCCUCUUUGAAGAGAGAGCUAUCUAUUAACUUAAAUCUCAUAAAGUAUUUUGGGAUUUUGAAGAUAUCCAUUCUAUAGAACCAGUUCUUCUAUUAUAAUCUCCACUUGAGAUACUUUCUUUUGAAUUUAAUCCAAAAGAUCCUAAUAUUAUAGUAGGUGGUACUAUUAAUGGUUAAGUAAUGUUAUGUACAGCUCUUUCUGUCUUUGCUUCUAUAAAACUUAAAAAACUAAAUAAGAAAGAAGUCUUUAUACAAUUCUCACUAUUUUUCAGAUGAAAUAUAAGAACUUCAACCUAAAAUGGUUUCAGCUUUAUAAGAUCCUGCUUCUUAUUAAGCAGGUUCUUCAAAUGAAGUUUUAAGAAAACAAGUUGCAUCUCAUAAGAAUUCUGUUUUAGCUGUGAAAUGGUUUCCUAUUGGAGUGGAUUUUGAUAAGAAACAUUUUAAUCAUCUUAUACUUACAUCUUCUUAAGAAACAUAUUAAUUUGCUAGUAUUAGUUCAGAUGGAUAAAUUUGA